CGUGUGCACCUGAUCAUGGAGCUGUGCGAAGGCGGCGAACUCUUUGAGCGAAUAAGCAAGCGAAAGCAUUACCCUGAAAACGAGGCGGCGGAGGUUUGUCGCACGCUCGUGUCAGUCGUCGCACACUGCCAGGCGCACGGACUCAUGCAUCGCGAUCUCAAGCCCGAAAACAUUCUGCUCGUCAGCCAAUCGUCGCACACGCGAGUCAAAGUCGUGGAUUACGGCCUCGCGGUUUUCGUCAAACCUGGUGCCAAACUAACCACCAUGGCGGGCAGCGCGUAUUACAUAGCGCCAGAAGUUUUAAAUAACUGCUACGGGCUGGAAGCAGACAUGUGGAGCGUGGGGGUGAUCCUCUACAUCCUGCUGUGCGGCCUGCCACCCUUCUGGGCGGAGAAGGAGGAGGGCAUCUUCGCGGCCAUCAAGACGGGCAAGAUCGACGUGUUCACGGGCGUGUGGGAGGGCGUGUCUCAGGACGCCAAAGAUCUCGUUAUAAAGCUUCUCACGAGGGAUCCUUCGAAGAGAAUCACGCCAGAAAAGGCACUGGGGGGGGGAGAGGGGAAGGGAGGUGGGGAGGUGGGGGUGAUUCUCUACAUCCUGCUGUGCGACCUGCCGCCCUUCUGGGCGGAGAAGGAGGAGGGCAUCUUCGCGGCCAUCAAGACGGGCAAGAUCGACGUGUUCACGGGCGUGUGGGAGGGCGUGUGGGAGGGCGUGUGGGAAGGCGUUUCUCAGGACGCGAAAGACCUCGUCAUUAAGCUUCUCACCAGAGAUCCUUCGAAGCGGAUCACGCCUGAGAAGGCAUUGGUGGAAUGGGAGGGGAGUGAUUGCCUAUGUGCCACCAGAGAUCAAGCAACUCGCUUCCAGCCUUCCUCCUCUUACUCUCAGAAUCCAACUUUCCGUUUCCCCCUCUCCCCCCCUCCAGCCCACCGCUGGUUGAAGCAGCACGCGGGGGCAACUCGCUUCCCCUCCUCCGCCUCCCUCUCCGGAAUUCAUUCUUCCCACCGCUGGUUGAAGCAGCACGCGGGGGCAACUCGCUUCCCCUCGUCCGCCUCCCUCUCCGGAAUUCAUUCUUGUGGGCUGACAAAAAACUCUUCCAUCCCCCCUUUUCCCUUCUUUCCCUCCCCCUCCCACCCACCCCUCCUCCCCCUCCUUCCCUCAACCCCACUCUCCAGCCCACCGCUGGUUGAAGCAGCACGAGGGGGCAACCCGCUUCCCCUCCUCCGCCUCCCUCUCCGGAAUCCAACCUUCCCCUUACCCCCUUUUCCCCUCCUUCCCCUCCCCCCUCCAGCCCACCGCUGGUUGAAGCAGCACGCGGGGGCAACUCGCUUCCCCUCCUCCGCCUCCCUCUCCGGAAUCCCCCCCAAGCCCGCCACUGCUGACGUCAUGGGCGCGUUCAGGCGCGACAGCAGCGUCAGCAGCAGCACAGGGGGGGGCGCGCGCCCCAGCUCUAGCAGCGGGGCGGGCGCAGGGGGAGGGGGAGGCGGAGGGGGGGCGCACCACCAUCACCACGCAGGGGGGGGCGGGGUGGGGGGACUGGCGGGGGUUUUAGCAGGGGGAGACUCGUCCCUACUCUCCAAAGCGAUUCUCUCUCUGAAGAAAGUCGGCAGUGGCAGCGGGGGCGGGGGCGGGGGCGGGGGCGGGGGCGGGGGCGGGGGCGGGGGCGGAGGAGGGGGGGGAGGAGGAGGCGGGGAGGGGGCACAUAGUGAUCUGCUAGUUCUCCUAGAAGCUCUGAAGAAAAAAGUGGGGGACGGGGGGGUGGCAGGAGCAGCAGGGGGAGGGGGAGCGGGACUCCCCCCCCCUAUAGUGCCUCGUUCCCGAAGCGUAGGGAUGAGUCGUAGUGGGUCGUUAUCCGGAGCUGACUCCGAUGCUGAUGCUGCUCCUGGGAAAGACAGACGGUCCGCGUCUGCCCGGCACGGGUCUGGACUGACCGGGGCAGACGACGAAACUUCCGAAGCUGCCCUGCAGGCGUUUCUCGCGGCUGCCCGGGAGGUGCUGAGGAAAGAUGGUGGGGAGGGAGGUGGGGGGGGAGCGGGGGGAGAGGAACGAUUGGCAAAGCUUUUAGCUAAGCUUGAAGCAACGGGAGGGGGGGGCGGAGGAGGGAGGGAGGACCGGCCUGGGUUACCUAGGGGCGGCAGCACGGGCGGUGGGGCGGCAGGCCGGCCGAAGCUGCCGCCCUCUCGGAGCACAAGAGACGCGUCAGAUCACGAGGGGGAAGACGACGGGCGGCGGGUCAGAAAAGAAGUCAAGCUUCCGUCGUCUGCUUCUGUGUCUGCUGCCGAUGCCGGGUCGAAACUUUUACGGCACCGGGAUGGUAAAGAGAAGGAGGGAGAUGAGGUGAGGAAGAAAGGGGAGGAGGAGGAGCCGGUUCGGCCGAGGCGAACGUUGCGGCGCGGGCUUUCGUCUGCUAGUGUUUCGUUCGACCCAGAGGUCGAUGCUGGGGAGAAAGGAGGAGGAGACGCGGGGGAGAAGGAAAGGGAGCGAGUCGGGAGGGAGGAAAGGGAGCGAGUCGGGAGGGAGAGCAGGGAGGGCAGGGAGAGUCGCAGCGGAAGCAGCGCCAAGGGAAGAGACCUCGAGCGAUCUCCCUCACCUCCUCCCGCUUCCUCUGCUGCUCCUGGUGCCGCCAGCGACGAAUCACACGACGAGAAGGAAGGUGCUGGUGAGGAUGGUGGUGCGGGAGCAAAGGGGGGAGCAGGGGGCCCGAGGGGCAUGUCUCGGGUGUCUGAUAAGGCCAAGAGCGCUAAGGAGCGGCUGGAGGGGAACAGCCUGUUUCGACACAAGUCCAGCAACGUUUCGGCUCUUGUUCCGGUCCGGGACGGCAGGGACGGGCGAGAUGGGAGAGAUGGGAGGGAUGUGAGAGAUGGGAGAGAGGGGAGAGAUGGGUCGGCUAGAGGUGGUGGGGGAGCGAGGCCUGUUUCUCCUCUCUUGGAGGAAUCUUCUCGCUCCCGUCCGUCCAAUCGGGGAGGAUUAGGAGCUCCGGCGUCCCCCACAGCCAGUGUGAGCAGCCGAGCGGGCGGCGGCGGCCGGCGUGUUUCGGCUACUAAUGGCCUGGUCCGGCGGAAAUCGGCAGAUGUGGGGAAGUUGCUGGAGGAUUUGGGCGGCGACGGGGGAAAGGAUGUGGGGCGGGACGGGGCGGAGAGCACGAGCAGCGGCGGGCGGAAAUCAGCUGCUUCUGGCGGCUCGUCUGCUUCUCGGAGGCGGCCGAGUCGAGAUUUUGACGACUUGGCACGGACGGGCGGGGUUGUCUUUUCUGUGUCGGCGGGCGGCGGACUGACCAACGAUGUGAGUGCUUAUAAAUCUUUCACGCCCUGA